CUCAACCCCGUCAGCCCGGGCCGGGGCCUGCGCCUGCCCCGCACCCGCCCCGCUCCGCGCUGCCCCGCACAGCCCGAGCGUCUCCGGAGCUCCGCGGAACCGCAGCCCAGGAUGAGCCGCCAGCGCUGCCCCGUCCCUCGGCAUCCCGGAGCGGAGAGGCGGCCGUGCGGGAUGGGACUGCACCAGCUCUGAAGCCCACGGACGCCGCCGACGCCGCUAUGGGAGACUCCGUUGAAGACCCGACCCGAGGGACGGGCUUGGAGCAGGGACCCCAGGGGAACGGGGGGACCCCCCUCAGCGUCAUCACAGAAGGUGUCGGGGAGCUGGCAGUCAUCGACCCCGAGGUGGCCAAGAAAGCCUGUGAAGAGGUCCUGGAGAAGGUGAAGCUGAUGCACGGCGUCUCCUCCGACAGCUCCAGGAACGCGGCCGAGGGCAGCGAGGUCGAGCGGGGCCCGCGGGCUGCCGGGGACUUGGCCAACGGGGACGUCGGGGAGGGCUGUGAAAUCAGGUGCUUGGAUGAUCCCCCGGGCUCGAGGAUCCAGGAGGAGGAUGAGAGUGUGGCCAACACGGUGAAAACUGCCCGCAGGCGGCAGAAGAACAACUCCUCCAAGCAGUCCUGGCUCCUCCGGCUCUUUGAGUCCAAACUCUUUGAUAUCUCCAUGGCCAUUUCAUACUUGUACAACUCGAAGGAACCCGGCGUGCAGGCUUACAUUGGCAAUAGGUUGUUCUGCUUUAGGAACGAGGACGUGGACUUCUACCUGCCCCAGCUGCUGAACAUGUACAUCCACAUGGACGAGGACGUGGGGGACGCCAUCAAGCCCUACAUCGUGCACCGCUGCCGGCAGAGCAUCAACUUCUCCCUGCAGUGUGCCCUGCUGCUGGGUGCCUACUCCUCAGACAUGCACAUCUCCACCCAGAGACACUCCCGUGGGACCAAGCUGCGGAAGCUCAUCCUCUCGGACGAGUUGAAGCCGGCUCACAAGAGGAGGGAGCUGCCCUCUCUCAGCCCUGCUCCGGACCUGGGGCUCUCUCCCUCCAAAAGGACUCACCAGAGGUCCAAGUCGGACGCCACCGUCACCAUCAGCCUCAGCAGCAACCUGAAGCGCACAGCCAGCAACCCCAAAGUGGAGAGUGAGGAGGAGGAGCUCUCCUCCAGCUCGGAAAGUCUCGAUAAGUCACCCUGUCCCCCCGUCAGGCUUGCCCCCGAGAGAGAAUUCAUCAAGUCCCUGAUUGCCAUCGGGAAGCGUUUGGCCACUUUGCCCACCAAAGAGCAGAAGACCCAACGGUUGAUCUCGGAGCUGUCGCUGCUGAACCACAAGCUGCCGGCCCGCGCCUGGCUGCCCACCGCCGGCUUCGACCACCACGUGGUGCGGGUGCCCCACACCCAGGCAGUGGUCCUCAACUCCAAGGACAAGGCUCCAUAUUUAAUCUACGUUGAAGUACUUGAAUGUGACAAUUUCGACACAGCGAAUGUCCCCGCUCGGAUCCCCGAGAACCGCAUCCGGAGCACGCGCUCGGCAGAGAACCUCCCCGAGUGUGGGAUCACCCACGAGCAGAGGACCAGCAGCUUCACCACUGUCCCCAACUAUGACAACGAUGACGAGGCUUGGUCUGUGGAUGACAUCGUGGAACUGCAGGUGGAGCUGCCAGAGAUUCACACCAACAGCUGUGAUAACAUCUCCCAGUUCUCUGUGGACAGCAUCACCAGCCAGGAGAGCCGGGAGCCGGUGUUCAUCGCUGCUGGAGACAUCAGGCGGCGGCUCUCGGAGCAGCUGGCACACACCCCCACCUCCUUCAGGAGGGACCCCGAGGACCCCUCUGCUGUUGCCCUGAAGGAACCCUGGCAGGAGAAAGUCAGGAGGAUCCGGGAAGGGUCCCCCUACGGCCACCUCCCCUCCUGGCGCCUCCUCUCCGUCAUCGUCAAGUGCGGGGAUGACCUCCGGCAGGAGCUGCUCGCCUUCCAGGUCCUCAAGCAGCUGCAGUCCAUCUGGGAACAGGAGCGUGUCCCACUCUGGAUCAAGCCAUACAAAAUCCUCGUCAUCUCCGCCGACAGCGGGAUGAUUGAGCCGGUGGUCAACGCCGUCUCCAUCCACCAGAUCAAGAAGCAAUCCCUGCUCUCCCUCCUGGAUUAUUUCCUGCAGGAACACGGCAACUACAACACGGAAUCCUUCCUCACAGCCCAGAGGAAUUUCGUGCAGAGCUGUGCUGGUUACUGCCUGGUCUGUUACCUGCUGCAGGUCAAGGACAGACACAACGGGAACAUCCUGCUGGAUGCAGAUGGACACAUAAUCCACAUUGAUUUUGGGUUCAUCCUCUCCAGCUCCCCCAGGAACCUCGGCUUUGAGACCUCGGCCUUCAAACUCACCACGGAGUUUGUGGAUGUGAUGGGUGGGCUGGAUGGGGACAUGUUCAACUACUACAAGAUGCUGAUGCUGCAGGGACUCAUCGCUGCCCGGAAGCACAUGGAUAAGGUCGUGCAGAUCGUGGAGAUCAUGCAGCAAGGGUCCCAGCUCCCCUGUUUCCACGGCUCAUCCACCAUCCGCAACCUGAAGGAGCGAUUCCACAUGAACAUGACCGAGGAGCAGCUGCAGCUGCUGGUGGAGCAGAUGGUGGAUGGCAGCAUGCGUUCCAUCACCACCAAGCUCUACGAUGGCUUCCAGUACCUCACCAAUGGCAUCAUGUGAUGGCCACCAGCCUCCCUCCCUCCCUCACCCCCAGCAGGGCCCCCCCUGGCCCUCAGCUUUGCCCCCCUUGGGAGAGCUCCUGCUCCUCGGCAAGAACGAGGAGGUUGCAUCUCAGCAUCUUCCCCGGGGUGUUGGGGGGGGGGGGGCUGCUGCUUUUUUUGUUUGUUUUUUUUUGCUAAGACU